UGUAAAAGCGCUCUCGAACGGCUCCGUUAAAUUGAAUGGAGUAUAAGGAACUCGGUGAAUCUGUUCUCACAAACAUUAAAAAAGUGCUGGUGCUGUCAGUUGGCUGUGAAGAGUGUGAAUGUGAAGUGUCAAACGUUAUAGCCGUGCGCUCAAGACGCGUUUGCAUGCUUAUACGCCAUUUGUAAUAACAAUAACUAUGUGGGAGCUCGAUCCCGAGUCGUUGAUAUUAGAGGUCGAAUCUCGACCUAUACUUUAUGUAAAACCAUUGCCCGAGUACGCCACUAAGUCCCUAAAAAAUGACGCUUGGGAGGAAGUAGCCCAGGCAUUAUCUUGUGACUGGGAAUCACUUUCACCGGCAGAAGAACAUAAAAGAUGCAAAGAAGUACAAAGCAAAUGGAAACAUAUUAGAGACAAUUUCCGGCGCGAGUACCAAGCCCAGAAUAAUAAUACAUCCGGUCAAGGCGCAAAAAAAAGGAAAAGGUAUAGGUAUUAUGACCAGUUAUUAUUUUUAAUUCCUUAUGUCAAGGACACCCCCACACCAGGGAAAUACAAGAUAAAAGUUGAUAAUGAUAAUACAGAGCAGAUUGUUUUAAAAGGAGAAAAUACAGAAAAAUCAAAAGGUAUUCCUAGGACGGACAAAAAUAUAGAAAAAGAAAAAAGUACAUUUGAACAUGAAAUUUUUAAGAUGAUGAAAGAAGAAAUGGCAACAGUGGACGAAGAUAGAACAUUCUGCAUAUCCUUGGUCCCAUCUUUAAAAAAAAUGGAUGACGAUAAAAAAAUUGCUGCUAAAAUAGAUAUAUUAAAAAUAAUUCAACAGUAUUCUGGAUAGGUACUCGGAGCAGAUCUAACAAGUGAAAAAUAUUUAAAUAUGAAAAAUUAAAGAUGAUCAAAGAAGACAUGACAACAGUUGUAGAAGAUAGAACAUUCUGCAUAUCCUUGGUCCCAUCUUUAAAAAAAAUGGAUGACGAUAAAAAAAUUGCUGCUAAAAUAGAUAUAUUAAAAAUAAUUCAACAGUAUUCUGGAUAGGUACUCGGAGCUGAUCUAACAAGUGAAAAAUAUUUAAAUAUGAAAAAUUAAAGAUGAUCAAAGAAGACACGACAACAGUUGUAGAAGAUAGAACAUUCUGCAUAUAAUUGGUCCCGUCUUUAAAAAAAAUGGUUGACGAUAAAAAAUAGCUGCUAAAAUAGAUAUAUUAAAAAUAAUUCAACAGUAUUCUGGAUAGGUCCUCGGAGCAGAGCUCACAAGUGAAAAAUAUUUAAAUAUGAAAAAUUAAAGAUGAUCAAAGAAGACAUGACAACAGUUGUAGAAGAUAGAACAUUCUGCAUAUCCUUGGUCCCAUCUUUAAAAAAAAUGGAUGACGAUAAAAAAUUUGCUGCUAAAAUAGAUAUAUUAAAAAUAAUUCAACAGUAUUCUGGAUAGGUACUCGGAGCAGAUCUAACAAGUGAAAAAUAUUUAAAUAUGAAAAAUUAAAGAUGAUCAAAGAAGACAUGACAACAGUUGUAGAAGAUAGAACAUUCUGCAUAUCCUUGGUCCCAUCUUUAAAAAAAAUGGAUGACGAUAAAAAAAUAGCUGCUAAAAUAGAUAUAUUAAAAAUAAUUCAACAGUGUUCUGGAUAGGUACUCGGAGCAGAUCUAACAAGUGAAAAAUAUUUAAAUAUGAAAAAUUAAAGAUGAUCAAAGAAGACAUGACAACAGUUGUAGAAGAUAGAACAUUCUGCAUAUAAUUGGUCCCGUCUUUAAAAAAAAUGGUUGACGAUAAAAAAUAGCUGCUAAAAUAGAUAUAUUAAAAAUAAUUCAACAGUAUUCUGGAUAGGUCCUCGGAGCAGAGCUCACAAGUGAAAAAGAGAAAAAAAAGAACAUUUAAAUAUGAAAUUUUAAACAUGAUGAAAGGAGACAUGGCAACAUAUCCUUGGUCCCAUCGUUAAAAAUAUUAGAUGACGAUAAAAAAAUGCAGCUCAAGUGGAAAAUCAGUACAUACAAUACAGCUACGUCAUCUAAUCCCAAUAGCCCUUGCAUCCGAGGCCCUUCGACUGAAGCGGUACCUUAUCGAGGUCACUGAAACUGCAGCCUGUUAAGAGGCCUCACAUUAUUCAUUAUUAGUAGUAGUUUAAUAAGCACUAAUUUUAUAAAAUAAUGUUUUUA